AAUAUGUUUGAAAUCACCGACACACAGAAAAUCGGAGUAGGCCUCGCGGGCUUUGGAAUGUUCUUCCUCUUCCUGGGGGUUUUAUUGCUGUUCGAUAAGGGACUUCUUGCUAUAGGAAAUCUUUUAUUCAUCUCUGGACUAGGAUGUGUAAUAGGGCCAAAGAGAACGUUCAGCUUCUUUUUUCAAAGGCACAAAAUGAAGGCCAGUAUUGCUUUUUUGGGUGGAGUUGUUAUUGUUCUCAUUGGAUGGCCCAUUGUUGGAAUGAUUUUCGAAAUUUAUGGAUUUGUACUUCUCUUCAGUGGUUUUCUACCAGUAGCUAUAAACUUCCUCCGCAGAGUUCCAAUCCUCGGAACCUUCCUAAACAUGCCAGGAAUCAGCAGGAUCCUGGAUAUGCUGGCUGGUGACUCCAACAGGACAACAGUAUGACCCCCUCCCUAAGAAAAAUUUACCCUAAACAACACACUGUAAAUAAUCAACAUGCACCCUCACUUCACAUCAUCCCACAUUUGUUUCUCUCUCUCAUUCCAUUUCUAUUGCACUUGAAAUUUUUGUAUUGAUUAUGAAAAAAGAAAUCAGAAAGAAGAUAUUCGAUGCCAAUUACGUGUAAGUGUUCAAUGUUCGUCGUCUAAUUUAUGCGGUCGUCUCUUCGAUUCUGACACGUGUUUGAAUCUGAAUCGAAAUGAGGAAUCAAUGAGUAUAUACGUACCUUGUACUUGUAUCUGCCAGAAAACAACUAAAUUGAAUUUAAAAUAAAAAGAAACGAAAGUAACUGUGAAAAACAAAAAAUAUAUAUAUAAAAACUGGCGAAUGAACAGACGAAAUAGAGGAUGAAGUGCAUGAUUUCCCUGA